AUGACGAUCAAGGGCCUCAACGGCGAGGCCAACUCGGCAGCUGCCGCCCACAAGCCCGCCCACUUCAAGCUCGAGAACCUCAUCCGCCCCAACAUUCUAUCGCUCGAGCCGUACCGCUGUGCACGCGAUGACUACCAAUCUGGCAUCCUGCUCGAUGCCAACGAGAACAGCCUCGGCCACUCGCUGCCGCCCAAGUCUGUCAUCCCUCACAACCCGGGCACCUCGAAUGGCGCCACACCCGUGCAGUCGAACGAGGCCGACGACCCGCUCUCGCUCAACCGAUACCCGGAUCCGGGCCUCUUUGGCAUCAAGGAGUCGCUUGCACAGCUGCGUGGCGUUCCCAACGAUGCCUUCGUCUUCCUCGGCGUAGGCAGCGACGAGGUGCUCGACCUCGUCCAGCGCGUCUGCUGCCGUCCCGGCAAGGACAAGAUCCUCAUCUGCCCACCCACCUACGGCAUGUACAGCGUGUGCGCAGCCGUCAACGACCUCGAAGUCGUCAAGGUGCCACUCAUCACCGAGGGUGGCAAGUUCGCUCUCGAUGUGGAAGCGGUCAACAAGAAGCUCAGCGAAGACCCGGACAUCAAGAUCACCUUUAUUUGCUCGCCAGGCAACCCCACCGGAACAUUGAUCCCGCCAACCGACGUCAAGAAGGUGCUCGACAACCCAGACUACAAGGGUCUUGUUGUGGUCGACGAGGCGUACAUCGACUUUGCCGAGGAGGAGAAGGCAAUGGGCAAGCGUGCUCAGGACGACGUGGUGAGCGCCGUCAGCCUCGUCCACGAAUACCAGAACGUCAUGGUCACACAGACGCUCUCCAAGGCAUUCGGUCUCGCAGCCAUUCGCCUGGGAAUUGCAUUUGCACAGCCGGCAUUGGUGCAGAUCAUGAACAACACCAAGGCGCCGUACAACAUCUCGUCGCCCACCGCCCACCUUGCCUCGUUAGCACUCUCGCCUCAGGGCAUCGCCCAGAUGCGUGAAAACGUCCAGACACUCAUCCGCAACCGCGACCAGCUCAUGGCCGACCUCAAGACCGUCCCCGGCACGGGCGCGAUCCUUGGCGCCAACGAAGCCAACUUUGUGCUGGUGCAGAUCCUGGAUCUCCAGACACGCUCCAAGCCGGACAACGACGUGGCGCAGAUGGUGUACAAGCGCAUGGCCGAGGAGAUGGGGCUGGUGGUGCGCAACCGUGCCAAGGACCUUGGCUGUGCUGGCUGCUUGAGAGUCACCGUGGGCACCGAGGCGGAGAACAAGCGCUGCAUCGAGCUCAUGAAGGGCCUCCUCGAUGGUUCCAAGUGA